GGUGUUUGUGCCCUCUCUGUAGAGGCAGUUGCGGGUUUUCCUGGAGGUGCGAAGGAGACUUCCCGGAUUCGAUGAGGCACUUGACCAGGAAAAUGCUGCUGUUUUUUUUACAUACCCCAGCCAAACACAGAAGCCUUCAACUAUGAACUCCUCAACAGUAUCAAAGGGGAUGAAAUCGAUAUGGAGGCAGGCGGGUCUUAAGAAACCAUUGUCGGGAACGCAGCUGCGGAAGACCGCUGCAACAUCGGUAAAUUUUGCAGCAUAUAAAAGAUACUAUAGCAUAUAGAAAUGAAUUCAUAGAUAAAUGAGUGAGUGCAUAAAAUGUCUGGAUUUCUGCAGGUGCGCAACAGAUACCCAGACAGCAGACUGUUGUUGGCUCAGCAGAUGAGUCACCGGCCCAACACACAAGAUCAGUUUUAUCAUCUGACUCAGCAGAAGGAGGAUUCAGUCGCAAUGGUGGGCGUCAUCUCUCAUGUGAUGAGAGCCAAGAGAACCACAGGACAGGCAGAGGCAUUGGAAGACCAGCCAGGUCCAUCCGGCCCCAUUUUUGAAGAGGUGGAGGAGGAAGAUGAAACCCUCUCCUUGACUGCGACGACAUCCAAUGAGUCACCGGAAGUACAACACACUCCGCUGCGAUUGAAGGUAUUGAGUCCAUCACCUGCAGACAUUUCCUCCCAUGGUAGGCGGCUUUUCUUCGAGGAGGAAGCCAAGUUCCUAAUCAAUGAAUGCCACCAUCUGAUAUCUGAUCCCAAUUGCUCCAUUACGAGUGUGGCGUGUGCCAGAGUCCUCGAACAAACACCAGAGGGACGGGCGAUCCCGUCACGGUUAAAGGGAGUAGAUCCCAAGGGCUACCUAAAGAGGAUUUCAGACAGGGUCCGCACGGCACAAAGGAACUUGAGGAGAAAAGACCUACCAUAGGAGGGGUGGCUCAUUGGAUAGGAGGAGUGUUAAUCGGGGGCGGAAACGGUCCGCUCCGUGUUUUUACCUUUUAUGUAUGUUGAUAGGAGGAGUGUUAUUCGGGGGCGGAAACGGUCCGCUCCGUGGUUUUUUUUAAUGCAUGGCAGAGGGGGAGUGUUUAUCGGGGGUGGAAACAGUCCGCUCCGGGUUUUUUUUAUGUAUGGGGAGAGGGGGAGUGUUAUUCGGGGGCGGAAACGGUCGGCUCCAUGUUUUUUUUAUGCAUGGCAGAGGGGGAGUGUUUAUCGGGGGUGGAAACAGUCCGCUCCAUGUUUUUUUCUAUGUAUGGGGAGAGGGGGAGUGUUAUUCGGGGGCGGAAACGGUCCGCUCCGUGUUUUUUUUAAUGCAUGGCAGAGGGGGAGUGUUUAUCGGGGGUGGAAACAGUCCGCUCCAUGUUUUUUUUUAUGUAUGGUGAGAGGGGGAGUGUUAUUCGGGGGCGGAAACGGUCCGCUCCGUGUUUUUUUUUAUGCAUGGGGAGAGGGGGAGUGUUCAUCGGGGGCGGAAACAGUCCGCUCCGUGUUUUAUAGGAUGUAUGGGGAGUGUUUAUCGGGGGGCAGAAACAGUCCACUCCAUGUUUUAUAGGAUGCAUGGGGAGUGUUUAUCGGGGGUGGAAACAGUCCGCUCCAUGUUUUAUAGGAUGUGUGGGGAGUGUUUAUCGGGGGCGGAAACAGUCCGCUCCAUGUUUUAUAGGAUGUGUGGGGAGUGUUUAUCGGGGGCGGAAACAGUCCGCUCCAUGUUUUAUAGGAUGUAUAGGGAGAGGGGGAUUGUUAAUCGUGGCGGAAACAGUCCGCUUCAUAAUUUAUUGUACAUGUGGCUUUUUGGAAGUGACCAGACAUUCUUUGAAAUAUUUGCAUGUUCAUGAUGUAGUUGAACUUCAUAAUUUCUUAAGCAUGAUACCUACUUUUUGUAACGAACUCCUCUCACAGCUUUUACUUACAUUGUUCAGACCUUGUACAUUAUAUAUGUUAUAAAAUAUUGAAGAUAUACAUGUGACAUUUUAAAAAUGCUACUGUUUUUUGAGAAAUUUUACAUAUAAUAUGUAAUUUUCCAGUAUGUUUUUUCUACUGCUGUAUCUAUGAUAGAUUAACAUAUCUUAAAGCUACCCGGUCAUUUCUUUUCUUGAAUCAACUUUUUAUAUUUGUGUCUGAAUAUGGUAACAAUGACUUGAAAUGUCAUUGUUCUUGAAAUUAAAUUAAUUGAAUUGUUAUUGUGUCACUUAAGUUUAUGUAGGAUCCCUUGAUUUGGAGCAGACAGUGCCAGAAGUGUGCCACAAAGUUGCAGCAAACUGUGUUUCAGAACCAACAAUAAAAAUCCACAAACAUUCGAUUUGCAAGAGCUUGUUCUCCAUAUGACUAGAUAUUAAGUCGAAGCAGGCUAUUGACAAACAAGUCAGAAGGAGGUUAUUGACAGAGAAGUUAAUGUUGCAGGGAUUUCUAAAUUCCCUAAGAGUUUACAUUUCCUCUCCUUUUGCCCAUCAAUGGGCCUCCUUUUCUCCGAUUUGGCAUUGAUGAGCACUUUACUCUUUAUUUCUCUGGAAUUGAGACCGAAAACAUUAAAUUACCAUUUAUUCUUAUCAGUCACAACAGGUAGUUUGUUGAAAAAUUAAUCGCGACUACAGAAAUGCAGAUCUUCAGAUUUCACAUUGGACUUAGCCAUUUUCAGCUUAAGUGCUUGUUUACAAGACAGCACAGCUUGCAUGCGCAUGGGCAGGAAAAAAGCUCAUUAGGAUUUAGAAUCAGUACAUUGAA